AUGGCAGUGUCCAAUAUUACGGAAAGUUUGAAUUAUUUUAAUGAAACUGAUGUUUUUACUACCCCGGUAUAUAUUUAUAUAUGGGUAACCAUUCUAAAUGUGAUUGUUUUUCUGGUUGGAUCCAUUGGGAAUAUACUUGUUAUCUUUGUGGUAUCCCGAGUACGGGAAAUGAAAACUUCCACCAACUAUUGUUUGAUGAAUCUUAGUAUCGCCGACUUGUUGGUACUCAUCAUCUGUCAACCUGCUGCGCUUUUGGAAGUUUUUGGUCAAGAAAAAUGGCUGCUGGGGGACUUCAUGUGUAAAACUGUCGCCUUUUUGGAGAAUAUGGUAUCACAUGCUUCAAUCCUCAUCAUUAUGGCCAUCAGCUUGGGACGAUUCUACGCUGUCUGUUACCCAUUGAAGGCUUACUCCAGCGGCAAUACCCGACGAAAGAUGAUUCUCAUUGGUUGUUUGUGGAUUGUAGCGGCAGGAUGGGCUGUACCGUUUUUCCUCUGGGCCCAUACUAAGGAGACAUAUCAUUAUAUCGAUAAAGCUAUGGUAGAUGUUUGCAUAACACCGAUAGAUAGUGAUGGAAGAAAAGCAUUCGUUGUGUUAAUAUUUUGUGUGUUUUUCAUGGCGCCGUUGGCUAUGUUGAUCAUUGUGUAUAUUAUUAUUAUAUUCCGUGUUGUCAAAAAGACCAUGUCUGGAGAUAAAGACAGUAAGAAGAACCAGAACAGUGAUUCCCACAAACAGUUAGUGUGUAUGCUGGUUGGAAUUAUUAUAUUGUUCUUUGCUAGCUUGUUACCGUUCAGAAUAUUAGUACUGCUUAGUAUAUUUUCACCCGAUUCAAUGAACCAGAUGGAUUUCGUGACUUAUUUAAACCUCAUGAAUUUCGGACGCUUGUUGGUGUACGUUAACAGUGCAGGCAAUCCACUAAUAUAUAAUAUCGUUUCCGUCAAGUUCCGUAGCGCGUUCCGGAAAGCCUUAGGAUGUCCGAGUGUGAAAUCGAAAGAAGCCGUUAGACUAACCACUAUGACUCAAUACAGUUACAUGCAUAAACAUGAUUCCGUAGAUCCAUUGUGA